GCCACCUUCCUCCGAGCAGCCCCCGGGGGUUGAACUUCCUGGGUCAGCGCCGCCGCCGCUGCCUCCAUUGUCCGCCCGGCACCGGCGAGGCCGCGGCAGCGCCCGGACGGCAGCGGGGGCGGCGGGGGACGGGCACGGGGCAGGAGCCGCAGCCGCCGCCGGCCCGGGCUGUGCCCGCAGGUGGGGACGGCACGGGGACACCCCCGGCUCAGGGAGCCCCCCCGCCAUGUCGCCGAAGCGCUGCAGAGGGUCCGCAGCUCCCCAGCCCGAGCACGGCAGGUCCCCAAGGGGCCAGGGCCGGGCAGAGGGGCAGCCGGCCCCCCGGGAUGGCGGGGAGGCCGAGGUGGGCGGCCGCGGGCGCGGGGGGCGGAAGCGCAAGGAGACGGUCGUGCGGCAGCGGGCGGCCGCUGGGGAGCACCCCAACAUCUGCGUGGAGUGCGGCAAGAGCUUCGCGCAGAGUGCAGCGCUGCUGGCCCACCGGCGCAGCCACGGUGGGGAGAAGCCCUUCGCCUGCCUCGACUGCGGCAAGAGCUUCGGCCUCAGCGCCAACCUGCUGCGGCACCGGCGUGCCCACGCUGGCAGGAGCCCGCAGAGCUGCCGGGACUGCGGGAAGGAGGUGGGCGCCGCCAGCCAGCCCCACGCCCCCCCCGGCCAGAAGCCCUACAAGUGCGUCGACUGUGGGAAGAGCUUUGGCCGUCCCAAGCAGUCCCCUGCCAGCCCCUCAGGGAAGCGCCGGCGGCGGGACGGCCCCAGUGGGGAGAAGCCACCAGCCGUGGCCAUCCCCAACACCUGCGCCGAGUGCUGGCAGAGCUUCAGCCAGAACUCGGACCUGGUGAAGCACAUGCGCAUCCACACCGGGGAGAAGCCCUACGCCUGUCCCCACUGCGGGAAGCGCUUCAACGUCAGCUCCAACCUCAUCCGCCACCAGCGCAUCCACACCGGCGAGAAGCCCUAUGCCUGCGCCGACUGUGGGAAGAGCUUCACCGACAAGUCCACCCUCACCCAGCACCGCCGCAUCCACACGGGCGAGAAGCCCUACGCCUGCGCCUACUGUGGCAAGAGCUUCAGCCGCAGCUCCCACCACAAGCGGCACCAGCGAACCCACGCAGGGCAAAACCCCGUCUCCCUCCUGCCCCUCUGGCCCUACCCCAGCCAGCCCUGCUAGGGGGGGCUCGGCGUGGCCGGCACUGCCAGGGCAGGAUGCCGCGCGUGUUGGAGGGGCCGGUAGGAUGAGGCAUAGUAGGAUGAGCCACGAGGCUGGUAGGUGGGAUUAUGUGGGGUGGGUCGGGGCGGUAGCGGUUGGGUAAGUAGGAUGGGUCAGUAGCGAUGGGACGCAGCGGGCAGCAGCAGUGCUCAAGCCGGCAGUGGCUCAGGACCCGUCUUGCCGUGGAGACCCCCAGGACGGGCAAGUCAGGGGGCCGAGCCCCCCCGUGCUAUGCAGGGCCACAUUCCUGCUUGCCUUUUGCUGCAGGGAUGAACCUGGUUGUCUCGGAGCCGGAACGCAUCCAUGCCUGCCAAGGGCAUCGCAGCACCUUGUUCUUGCUGGUCAUCAGCUGUGCAGCCCCGUGCUGUGUCCUGCUGGGAUGGUGGGGGGGGGGGCACGUCGCCCGGCUGCCGCGCGUGGAUUUCUCUGUAGAACAGAUUAACAAAAAACCAUUUGAAUAAUAA